UAACAGCCCGUCCACUCGCAUUCCCACCAAGCUCACAGCGCAACGCUCGUGAGCUCAUCCCACCAACCGCAAUCAUGGGUGACAAAGGACUUGAGGACAUCGAUGCUGGUGAGUCGCGUGUAGGAGGCAUCUCAUCAUUGGUGAUCGUUUGCGAAGGCGACGAGGGAAACAAAGAGGCGAAGCACCAUACAUUUCACACUGCGAGCGGUCAAGAACGCGGCCAAAUUUUGCGCAGAGGCUAACACGUGCGCCCGCUUUCAGGUCAGAUCGAGUCCAACUACGAUGAGACUACCGACAGCUUCGAUGCCAUGAACCUCAAGAGCGAGUUGCUCCGUGGCAUCUACGCUUACGGUUUCGAGCGUCCCUCUGCUAUCCAGCAGCGUGCCAUCAUGCCCGUCAUCAAGGGUAAGUUGCCGCUUUUCUCCGCAGCGGGGUUCGAGUGGAUAACAGCAAUGUUGACAACGGUUCAGGCAACGAUGUCAUCGCUCAGGCCCAGUCUGGUACCGGCAAGACCGCUACCUUCUCCAUCUCCACCCUUCAGAAGAUCGACACCAACUUGAAGGCGUGCCAGGCUCUCAUCCUCGCACCCAC